AUGGUCGACUCGGCGCGAUUCUUGCCCUACGACAAUCACGUCACAUUAGCUUCCGGCGGUGAUGCAUCUGCAGCAUCAGAACCGAUGGAGAUGGAGGAUUGCUCUCACCACCGUCAACUGCUUCUAUCAGCAAGAUCAGCAGCAGCCGCUCCUGCAAGCACUACCACCGCGACCACUGGCCAUGCUUCCGCCGACGCCACCGCCGCCAGCCGCAAUGCCGCCCGCAUGCUGCCGUUCUCGACAGCGCCGCUGGAGUCCGUAUACGCGGUCGCGCAGGAGGAGCUCGGCCGGGGGGAGUUCGGCGUCGUCCGGACGUGCAUGCAGCGCGCGACGGGGCAGCUUCUAGCGUGCAAGUCCGUCGACAAGGCGCGGCUACGCGAGGGCGAGCGCGCGGGCGACCUGGAAAUGGAGCUCCUUUGCAUGGGCGCGCUGCCACCGCAUCCGCACGUCGUGCAGCUCGCGAGCGUGCACGAGGACGCGCGCGACGUGCAUCUCGUCAUGGACCUGUGCGACGGAGGCGACUUGUUUGACCUUGUCGCCAAGGCUGGUCGACUGCCCGAGGCGUUCGCGGCGGACGUGUUCCGCCAGGUGGUGGAAGCGGUCGCGUUUUGCCACUCGCACGGCGUGCUGCACCUGGACGUGAAGCCGGAGAACAUCCUCGUUUGCAACACCGCGAAUGGUACCUAUAACGGGUCAAGCAGCUGUGGCAGCGGUCCGCCUUCGAUACACGUGAAGCUGGCGGAUUUUGGUCAGGCAAUAAUGCUCUCUCCUGGGCAGAAAGCAGUGGGCCUGGCAGGCUCGUCUUUCUACAUGGCCCCAGAAGUCGUGUGCGGGCGUGCAUACGACAGCAGCGCAGACCUGUGGAGUCUGGGCGUGCUCCUCUAUGUGUUGCUGGCGGGAUACGUGCCAUUCUAUGGGUCGGACCUCCCCCAGGUCUUCCUUGCCAUCUGCGCCAACGAGCCUGACAUGAAAGCUGAACCUUGGUCGAAGAUAUCACCCGAGGCGAAGCACCUUGUGCGCUGCUUGCUCUCAGUGGACCCCGCCAGCCGCCCCUCGGCUCCUCACCUGCUCUCUCACCCAUGGCUGGCACGCACUCAACGGGUAGAAGUUGCUGCUUCUGCCAAGUCGCCACCGCCUCCACUGCUUGCGGCAGAGGAGGCGUCGUUCCUUCGGCAGGGCGUGCUUCGAGUGGAAGUACCGGGCAGAGACGGAGGAGGCGAUGCCAUGAAGCUGGUGGUGACCUUCGCAGAUGCUGACUCUAUUAGCUAG